AUGAACAGCGGGGCCCCGGGGAAGCUGGCCGUGGGGAGAGUGAAAUACUUCGGCAGGCACCGCGGGGAGGUCAACUCCUCUGCCUUCUCCCCCAACGGCCAGACGCUGCUUACAGCCUCAGAUGAUGGCUGUGUGUACGGCUGGGAGACCCAAAGCGGGCGGCUGUUGUGGAAGCUGGGUGGCCACACAGGCCCCGUGAAGUUCUGCCGCUUCUCCCCUGAUGGCCGCCUCUUUGCCAGCACAUCCUGUGACUGCACCAUCCGCCUGUGGGAUGUGGCAAGAGCCAAGUGUCUGCAGGUCCUGAAGGGUCACCAACGGAGCGUGGAGACAGUCAGCUUCAGUCCUGACUCAAGGCAGCUGGCAUCAGGUGGCUGGGACAAGAGGGUGAUGCUCUGGGAGGUACAGUCAGGCCAGAUGCUGCGCCUCUUACUUGGGCACGGUGACUCUGUCCAGAGCAGCGACUUCUCACCCAGUGCGGACUGUCUGGCCACUGGCUCCUGGGACUCCACCGUGCGCAUCUGGGACCUGCGGGCUGGGACCCCAAAGGCCUUCCACCAUAAGCUGGAGGGCCACAGUGGUAACAUCAGCUGCGUGUGCUACUCAGCAUCUGGCCUCCUGGCAUCCGGCUCCUGGGACAAGACCAUCCGCAUCUGGAAGCCCCAGACAGCCAGCCUGCUUGUCCAGCUCAAGGGCCACGUCACCUGGGUGAAGAGCUUAGCUUUCUCCCCCAAUGAGUUGUGGCUGGUCAGCGCUGGUUACUCCCGCAUGGUCAAAGUCUGGGACUGCAACACGGGGAAGUGCAUUGAGACCCUGAAGGGAAUCCUGGAUGUGGCCCAUUCCUGUGCCUUCACCCCAGAUGGGAAACUCUUAGUGUCUGGAGCUGCUGAUUAGGCAUGCUGAUCCAAUCACCCAGAGCCAGGUGCUGACCAGAUGACCUCUGGGAUGUAACAGCACUACACCAACACAAAUGGCCGCCUAGCCCUCAACCCCGCCUCCGGCCCUGGCAGAAUGAACUAGUGGAAGGACAGACAGGGCAGUUCCAUGCCAUGGGCUCAAAAACUGUAACAGAACACCCAGCAGACU